CGUUCAUUAAGCUUAAAAGGACAUCGAACGCCAAGCGGGGUUGGGGAAACGUCGAACUGCACCUCAAACAAACUUCACCUUCUUAUCAACAAACAGUCCACCACCUCAACUAAGACGGGUCUGCGCUCGACUCCGAGAAUUUCUUUGUUCAAUUGUUGGUGUCGCGUUGAUCAACCAUCAAAGAAAUGGAGUUCGUCUUGCGAUGCAAUGUCUUGAAGUGUCGCAAAGAGCUCAAUGUCAGUGCAAUUGUCACAACAUGCAGUCAUGUAUUCUGCAGCGAUUGUGCCAACCAAUGCCAGCUUUCCGGUCAACGCGAUGGUCAACAACGUACCUGUCCUGCUUGUGACGCGCAGCUCCCUAAUCAUGACGACGUAGCUGUCACGGAUCUCAACCCUACCGAAGACUACAAAACAAGCGUUCUUAGUGGACUGGGCCCUAACAUCAUCAUGGAGUGUGCUGGCAGGGCUUUGAGUUUCUGGGCCUACCAAAGCACCACUGAGAUUGUAUAUCAGGAGUAUUUGGCAAAGAAUUUGACCGACAAGUUUUCCACUCUAAAUGCUCAGAUGGAUAAGGUUAUCCACGAUGCCAACAGCGAGAUAUCCAAUCUGCGGAACAAAAUUCAAAAUAUGCAGGUCGAUCAAGAUACUCUGCGUCGACGAAACAAAGAACUAGCUCAAGCCUUCCGGGAGAAGAGCAAAAAACAAAUGCAGACGCAGGAGCUCUACGACAAGCUGAAGCGCAGAUCUCUGCUAGGUCAGGUUCAAGAUGCAGCCUCGGAUGCUGUAGACCACACUGUUCAAGCAUCCGUCAUCAGUAGUCGCUUUGUUGACAGGGUAGGAAAUCAACCUCAGAACCAGGCUCAACGGCCGACACCACCUCUGUUCCAACAUCAAUCAGCAAGUUCGAUGCAACAUCCAGGAGGAGUUGGCGUUGGAGGCACUAACGUAGGCCCUCAAAUUGAUCAUCCUAGAAGAGUGGAAAAUGCUUGGGCUGGCUUUAGCAGUCAAGGAAGCAACCCACGUAAGACGAAAUAACAUCCGCCUGUCCAAACACCAUCAACUCAUCGUCAGCUCCUUGCCCGGGGAAAUAUAGCGGCUACUCCUCGACUCGGCCCUUCCAACACUCGUUCCAACACUGCGCCUGGAAUGCCUCCACAACAACGGAGUCCGCUUGCAGGCCUGAACGUCAGCAACAGAACCAGUCCUGGCCUUGCAGGAUACGGUUUGAGUGCUGGUCUGAGAGUCAGCAACCCUACAGGAACCGCCAUUAAUGGUGGUUUUGCUAAGCCU